GGAUGCUGCUGCUGUCUUCUCAGUCCCAGUCAGCGCUGUUUAUCCUGGCCCAUGCAAACGGGAGCGGACUUCGAACGGGGGAGUUUUCACAUGCACAGAGAAGGGGAAGAGCGUCUCAAGUCUGUCGUUGCCCCACUGCUUUGUCACCUACAAGGAUUACAUCAUUUGGCCGCGGGUCUAGAAGGAGCACCCCGUUAAGAUCCGACCAGACUACAAGGACAGCAGGUUCUUAUUAGGGACCAGUUAGAAAAUUAUUGAAGACUGACUGCGUUGUUGCCAGACUAUGAAACUGACCAGAAAUUGCGAUAACCAGAUUAUAUUAUAAGUGUAGUUGUCAGGAUUUGAAAACAAUAUAGAUUCACAAAUCAGAAGGAAAAUAUCUGAUUAUAUGAAAGAGUCUGAACCGCGAGACCCUGUUCUCUGACACAGUUUCUUCAGGAAUUACGUUUUUAUAGAUUUGCGGAAAAUAGUUUUUUGGCCUUUAGGGAAAAAAGAAUUGCUGAUACGACAGCAAACAAAUGGUAAGGAUUCCUGAUUUUCUUCUGACGCAUUGCUAUCAGGUGCAGCAUUAAUUGCCUCGUGGUAGUUUGGCAGGUACUUGCUACAGAUCGCAUCCUUGCUGGUGUUGCCCAUCACCUGCGAUCAUGGAAGGGGUCAGAGGAGCCGCAGAAGUAGAGAUGCUGCGGGCUGUGGAACCCAUAACGAGCUUUGCAGAGGUUUUCCAAAAGAGUUACUCAGCCUUGGCAGGUGCUUUUCGGGAAUGUCACAGCUGCGGGCUGGAAUUGUGCCGCACCACCCUGCUAGAAAACGCAUUCUUGAGUGGUGCUGAGAUUUUGCUGUUUAUGCUUUGUGCAAUUGCAUGGACUGUCCUGCGGCAAGCUGCUACGGCCUUCAUCUUUCAGCCAGUCUGUCGGUGGUGUGACCUGAAUCCCAAGGAUGCUGCCAAGAUGCCAGAGAGCUCGUGGAAGUUGUUUUUCUACACUGUUGUCUGGUCAUACAGCACCUACCUGCUCUUUUUUGCACAGUAUCCCUUCUUCUUCGAACCAGCCUCAGUCUUUUAUGAUUGGAAGAAAGGGAUGGAAGUACCAGCUGAUAUUGCCAUUGCCUAUCUCAUACAAAGCAGUUUUUAUGGCCACUCAAUUUAUGCGACAGUGUAUAUGGACACUUGGCGGAAGGAUUCACUAGUCAUGUUGACACAUCAUGUUAUAGCUGUGAUGCUACUAGUUUCUUCAUAUGCAUUUAGAUACCACAAUGUGGGAAUUCUUGUGUUGUUCCUUCAUGACUUCACUGACGUUGCUUUGGAGUUUGCAAAACUUAAUGUGUAUUUCAGAAACAGGGGUGGCAUCUAUCAUCGACUCAAUAACAUCCUUGCCAGUGUAGGAUGCAUUACAUUCGGUAUUAGCUGGUUCUGGCUUCGCCUUUACUUGUUUCCUUUAAAGGUUCUGUAUACCACAUGCUGUAUCGGUCCCCAGUUAGUUCCCAGCAUCCCUUUCUACUUUUUCUUCAACUUUCUGCUCACCACAGUCAUGCUGAUGAAUAUCUAUUGGUUUCUGUAUAUUGUUUUGCUUGUGGUAAAAGUGUUGCUGGGACAGAUGCGGGAAAUAAAUGAUGUCAGGGAAUACGAAGAAGAAAAUAUUAAGACCAUGCAGAAAACCCAUAACAACCUUCACCACCACAACUCCUGCAAGGAUGGGGCACUUUUCAAGAAUGGAGUUGUGAAAAGAAAGCAUCUAUAAUUUAUGCCUUGGGGGAAAAAAGUCUGCUGAUUGAAAGUUUCUGAGGGACACCUUCCAGACUCCUAAUAAUUAGAACAUUUCUGAAGAGUACUGUAGAGAAACAAAACAAUGUCAAGUAAUCCUUACAUCACUGACGCAGACACCUAGCCAGAUUUCCUUCAAGUUCUAGUUAGCAGGGUUAAUUUUUCUAAGGAUGACAUACCAGAAUAUGAAUGUGGAUUCAAGGAAUAAAAGAGCCUAAAUUAAAUGACUAAUAAAAUAUGCUGCUAUUGGCACCAGGCAUGAAUCUGUGCAUUAAGUAUAAACUAAACCUUUAAAUGCCACCAGGUAUGCAACACUGAAUUGGACUAAGGAUCAUACUGAAGCAGUGACCUUACUGCAUGUGACAAAACAGAGCACCAAUUUCAUUAGUGGCAAUUUUGAGGAUGUUUUUCAAAGUUAAUGAAUGUGCACUUUUUUUUUUUUUUAGGGGGUGGGGAGAACAUGAACAAGUCUAUAGACUUUGGUGUAAUGUCAAUAUAAUGUGGUGGUUAUGCAGUAAUAGGGUAGAGAAAGAUGCUUCUGUGAACCCUCCUGACUUUCCUGUGGAAAGACUGAGUUUGUUAGGUGUUUAAUUACUGUUGGUUAUCUGUUGCUUCUUGAGUUUCCUCUGAAAAACUGGGUUUAAAUGUUUAAUUACCGUAUUUUACAGCAUCUGUUACUAUCAGCAACUCAUGGAAACUGAAAAAAAGACUUUUAAUAUUCACUGGUGUCCUACUGCAUACUAGAUUUUCAAGCUUGAUGAUCUGAAGGCAUGCUGGGAUCAAGUAACCCGCUUGAGGUCACAAGUUAGGUAAUUGCUGAGGUCAUUUUACUGUAAUAUUUGUAUGUGCUACCACAACUGCAGAGCAGUCAUGGGGACAAAUAAUCAACUGAAAUCUGCAGCACUUUUUAAACUGAACUUAACAGAGCUGUGAUAUUUAUGAAGAAAUGAUCUGCUUGAUUAUGUGUUAUUUUGAGCCCAUUUUAUAUUUUAUUGUUCAGACUGUGACAAUUAUCUUUGCCCAUAUACAUAUGAGCAUGCUUUAGUUUGUAUUUUUGCAUAGGCAUCAAGAUCAUGUUCCCAUAUAAUACCCCCAGAUUAGUGUAGACAACAUUUUAGGUGGUGCCUUCCAUUUUCCUUAGCCAUAUGUUGAGCUAGUUAUUUAUUCUUUACCCAAGUCUAGAGUUGCAGCAUGAACAAAAUAAAUCUCUUCAUUCAUUGCAAUGACAUGUUCUUUUAAAUUUUAGACUUUGCUUUAAACAGCUGACUACAGUAUCCAGUGAUGAGCAUAAUUAUCAUCAAUAUUAUUUUAGGUUCAAGAUCAGAGUGCAAGGGAACCUCUCAAAACAGGACAAAAGGCUUUAUUAGUUUAAUUCUGUCAGAUACAGGCAAAUUUCUAAAUGUUCAGGUUAGUACGUCUUCACCCACCCGUAGCAUCUUGAGCAAACUUACAGAUCCUCCCUCACGUGUGAGAAAACCAACCAACAUUUACAGCUUACCACCAUGGCUAAAAUAUAUAUCCUCUGUUGCAGACCAUAGCAAAACCAGGUCCUGCAAAGGAAAAUUAUAAUUGCAGCUGCCAUCCUUUGGAUGUCUUCAUGCUAGUCAUUUCAGUAAGCAGACAGCCAGCUUUGGUAUGAUAUGUCUACACAAAUUAAACACUCAUGUCAUUUACGUUCAUAGGGAAUACAGGGCUAUCAGGGUGCAGACUAUUACAAGCCUAGUCAACAACCAGAAGUCAGAAUCAAAUAUUGUAUGUGUGAGAUAAAGGCCUUAACCAUUAUGCCCCCCCCCCAUAAACUGUAAUGUGCUUAUGUGACAUGAGCAAUUCUGUAAUGUUCUGGUCUAGAUGACUGGAGUCCUAACCUUUUUCCUACUAGCAUAUCAAGCAGUUCUCUGUGUCUCAAGUCCAGCCUCCUGUUUGCUAUUGUGACUUUAGUGAAUUAUUGUACACAUGCUGUUAAAAACAUGGGCAUUGGAGGCAACUGCGAUGGUUGUUUGUAUCCUUGUCAGCAUCACACCUCUGAGGACAUUUGUUAUAGGUCUAACCCCACCCUCCUUGGGUGGGGGUGGUAGGGAAACAAUGAACAGUGAAAAUGUAGGCUCACAAUGCCUUCCCCAUGUGAGUGCCACACUCCCUCUAUAAAGGCUGCCACCUAUCAGUGGCUUGCUGAGCCUAAAGACCACAUCCAAACAGCAUAUUUUGUAACCAAACCCCCUUCUACAAGGAGACUGGUGCAUUCCUUGGGUGGUUCUGCUCUGCCCCCUCACCUAUCCUCCCCUGCCCGCUCUAUCAGUUGCCUAAACAACUAAUUAAUCUGGAGGUCAUCUGGGUCUCAGUGAGGGCUUUAUCCCUCUUUGCUACCAAAGCUGGCUUAUACAAUGUAUUUUUAACCUUAAGACUGUCUGAUAUGCAGAAAAUCGGCUUCAGAUACUGUUUCACAGGCGCAUCUGUGAAUCUCUACGGACCCUUCAGGAAAACUGCAGUAAUUUUGGCAUGAUGGUCAAAACAAAGUCAUUCAGCAAUACCUGGUUAUGUCUGUAUUACAUUUUUAUAGUUAUUUAUUUACUUUCUGAUCCGACUUAUUUACUUUUGUUCCUUGAAAGGGAGGUCAAGCUAUUUCUGGAUGAAAACCAGUGACAUAUUCAGAGCUUGCACCCCCGCAAGUCUUUGCUAACAGUCAUUUCAGAGCAAUUAAAAAAACAGUACUCAUGGAAUAAUAAUGUACAGAAACAGAUUAGACUGAAACCUUCAUUCAGACAUGGAAACUACUGUGUAGCAUUAUAUUAGCCAUUGUGACUUCUAAGAACAGUGCAUUAGUUUGAGACUAAUGUAUGCACUGGUAGAGGUUAGGUUAUAACAUUAUGAAACUUUCAAAAGAGUAUUUAUCAAAAAUAUUCUACGUGCAGCACAGCAUGGUAGAGUUUAAUAUAGAAUAGUAAUACACUUGAUGUCUAGCAUGUAGACUAUAUGUAGGUGUAACACAUAGGCUGCACACCUGUAUUUCAUCUCAGAAGGUUGUGCUUUCUGUUCCCACACCAUCCAUUUCAAUUCCUGUACUGGAAGUGUACUGGUGCAUGAGGGCUUUUCUGCACUCCUGAGUUGUCAUCAUUUUGGAUGGGAUGUUGAAAUGAGCUACUGUAUGUUUUAAUAUCCCUUGAUAUUGGUUCAGUGAAGAUCUGGGUUCAGUUUUAGUGGUAACUUGAAAUAACAUAAGUCAUGAAUUUCUGCACACAAAUACAAAUAAGCUACAGCUGCCAAACUAAAAUCACAGUGUUGCUUCAUACAUCUGUCUUACUCUUUCUCUUCUACGUUUUUUUCUACCCAGUAUAUCAGCUUUCUACCUUCUUCUUUCAAUCACCCCUUUAUUAUUUUUCUUCUCCCUUCUCCAUAUUGCUAUGGUUGUUAUUUCUCAGAGUUGCAGUAAAUACUACCUAGGGUGUGACUGAAAAGGAUUCAUAGUCUGUGCAGGCUUCCAGGUUACCAAGUAAAUGUUUUAGUGAUAAAAAUAAAAUAUGUAGGUGGUAUUACCAUUUGUACAGAAGCCUGGUGCAUUUUUGUUUUGCAUCUCUGCUGUACAGCUGUCGGUCUAUAAGACCAAAAGUCAAAAGACUGUAAUGGUGGAAAAGAAUUGUGUGUGUUGCUGUGAUUUCUGAGUAGCAAUAAUAGUUUGGUGGGGAUGUUUGCAAGUGUAAGCAUUGGCUUUAGGCGAGUUGGUCACAUAUACUAAUGUUGAUGUGACACCCCUACCUCCUAUGAAAAUGAGAAAAGCUGGUUAAUGGUGGUGACAGGAGUGUUUGCAGGGUACAAAGCCUACACAUUUACCCUAUUAGGUUGUGUUUUACAUUUCAGUCUUGUAACCACAGGACUGCAAAUUUUUGCCUUGUUCAUGGCGGAAGGCCUGUUAGGGAACCCAGUAGUGCAAAUGCAAUCUGGACUAAAACUGAUUUUAAGAGCGAUAUUUAUCACAUUGUGGAGAUUUGACUAAAACUGCAAUCACUGACAAAGCCUGUAGACCUUUUUGACUUAAUCACAUUAUACUUAUCACUGAAAUAAAAAAAAAAUAUGAUUAAAACUACCACAGAAAAAAAAACACUUCUCUGAGGAGCUUACUCAUAUACAUAUUCUAGUGACUGCAAAUACAUCAUUUAAGGUCAGAAAUGAGAAAGCAUAGUCUAAAAAAAAAAGUGAUGCAGAUUUCUCAGAGAUUAUUAAGGGGUCCAUCUCUAAUUGUGCCCGCCACUUUCAUAGGGCAAUUUCCUGUUUUAUUUUAUUAUUUUCCUAAAUGAAAUUUUUCUUUUUUCCAGAUUUUUUUUUUAAUUUAUUUUCUAGGUUUAGAGGGCUACCUCAUGCUUUCUUCAGUUUGUUAGCCUUGAUCCUUUUGACUGAGUGCUGUCCAGAUGUAGAUGAUAUUGAGCAGUCAAAAGCCAGCUUGCAGCAAUGACUGGGGGUGGGGUUCUGUUUUUUUUUUGAUGCAUCAUAUUUUGGGAAGAUUUUAAGCAAAAACUACGAAUACCCCAACUACAGUGAACUAUAAGAUAAUGCCCUCAACCCUUCUGUGGUAUGUUAAAACAAGCAUGCCGCAAGAGUUGGAAGUAUUUAAAAAGUGGAAAAAACUGAUCAGUGAAACAGGGCAGUCUUGAUUCAGACAUGUGGGAGAUGACAAUAAGCUCAGGAAAAAUGUCCUGACUUUUUCAUUAAGCUUAUCAAAAAAAACAUAAAUAUCAGCCUGCUAAUAUUUACAAAGUUUUAAAGGGAAAAAUUAUGACUCUACAAAUACAUAACACAGCUGCAGAUGUGAGCAUGCCUUUCCAGCUAAAAUUAGUUUAAUUAUGGCUGCUGCCAUAUUGCUAAAUUGGAAAUAUGAUUUCCAUCUGUACAAAGUGUGCAGAUUAAGGUCCCUUUGAGGAUUCCUGUUGCAGUCUGUUCUAAGAGAUCUGGAAAAGCAGCUAAGCCUCUCAGCAGAAGGAUCUGAAGAGUUGUAAGACAUGGCCAGCCAUAACAACAUCCCAUUGAUCAUUUGGGAUGUCUGCCCAAGCUUGAGAAGAUUCAGAAAACCAAACCUCAUGGACAGUUGUCAGGAUUCUGACUGCUAGACAGGUGGAGUCAUUAUGAUUGGGGAUCUUCUUCCUUGAGGGUUAGGAAGGAAGAUAUGUGAGCUGAGGAGGUUUCAUAGAGACCCUCCACCUCCAUAGGUGCAAGGUCCUUUUGGAGGUCAUCAACCAAAACAUGGAAGGCCUGCCCAAAAAUGAUCUUUCUCUAGAGAGAACAUCCAGGAUGACAUGCCUGAUCUUGUCCUUUAAAGAAUAUUGUUUGAGCUCUGACUUCCUGCUGUAGUAGAUAGCUGAACCUGCUGUCCUAGCUAAAGCAUUAGCACAGUCAAACUUGCUGCGCGACACAGUAGGUCAAUGUAGAAGCCACAUUUAAAAGUCUUAAACAGCUGCAUCUGAACUACCCCAAAGGUAAGGAGGACUGAAAGCUGCUCUAGUACACAAUCCAAUAGGGAGGAGUGGAAUCUUCUAGACAGGUGCUACAAACAGAUGAGGGCUCAAAACCCCUUGUGGUAGAGGUAAACAACCUCUUGUCUACUGUGUCAAAGGAACUGUAGAGGCUACUGCUGCUUUGAAAUGAGGCCAAGAGGUUGUUCUUGCACCAGUGAUUAAGGGAAUGUCAAGUUCUAUAUAGCAUCGCCCUGCGAUAUGAUGCUUCUGCUGUCACAGGGUGCCUAACUGGUGUUGCUGGACAUGACCAGUGGCACAUCACUGUAUGGGACUUGCACAGGAAGUUCCUUUGGUUCAUUCAAUGUGAACACCUAGAUGGCUAACUUCUGAUGGUCCUGUUGAGGAAUUCAUGGUAGCAUCCUUAGCUUGGAAGUUCCUAAGAUUUUAUGCUGUCUAGAUUUCCAUAAAUUAGGAGAAGUCUUCCUGCAUCCAUCUCAAAAGAAUUCCAGUGUCUGUAAGCCAUUCAUGUCUCUGGAGAGGACCCAUUCAAUUAUGACCUUGGCAGCCUGGAUGUGGAUGCAGAGAAAUGGCCAUUUACCCUCCUAUGACAUCUGAGUUUAAUGGCGGGCAUGAUCACCACUGUCCUCACUGUACACUGCAAUAGGACUGAGUAUGAGUGGCUAAAGUUACCACAUGAUUACAUAUCUUCUAAUGCCAUACCUCUGUUAUUGGGCCUUGUAGUGGUGGACUGUCCAACAUAAUUGUAAUGUAUCUUUUGCUACAGCUAAACCUGAUAUAGGUUCUAAUGAUGCCCUUUUCACUGGCAAGGUGUCCUCCUCAGCUUCUCCAUCGGUCAACAGAACAGGCCUUUCCCAAAGAGGAUAUGAAGCAUUUCUAAUCCGUUUGAUCAAUAAUCUGUUGUGUGGUACCUAAAGUAGUAUGUUUGAAAUCUCUAUGCAGAAAGCUGAUGCAGGUGUGGCAGUAUUCCACCAUAAGGGUCACUGUCUGUCAGGCACUCAGAUGCUAGCAGAAUAAAUUACAGUAGCAGAGAGCCCCACCAUUAGUCCUUUCAUGGAGGUAUGGAUUUGGUACUUUUAAUCCGAUCAAAAUUUGGGGAUAGGCAACGCAGAGACCAGCCCUUUUGCCGUACAGAAGAGUGCCAUUUUGCUACUUUUUCUGCUUCUCACAGCAGGGCAAUCGGAAGUUGACUGUGGAUAUGUUGUCCAUAACAUGGCAGGACAGAAUCCUCUGCGUCUUCCUGCCAUUCUCUCUAACUUCACAUCUAAUGGUAAAAUUUAGAUAAGCACCAAAAGGGUGUUAUUUCUUCCUGGGACAGAGAAAGAUGUAGUUUGACACAGAGGUCCAUGCAAGUGAAGGAAGUCCUCCUUGUAUUAGCCAAAGAAAGUUCCUACAUUUUGGGGAGACAGCCCACACCUCCUGAAUUAGAUCCCUUUCACUUACCAGACAUUCCUGAUAGGGUUGCAGAAGCGACAAAAGCCACCACAGACAUACCACUUAAGAAUAUUCAACAGAAGGGAAAGGAUUCUUGUGGGCAAAAUUGUAUUACAGGUCACCUUAAUGUUACUGUGCACAUUAUUUUGACCUUCCUAAGAUGUCUUUAUGAUUAGAGUCUUAGUUAUUCCAUAGUCAUGUUGCAAGAAUUUCCACCCAUGAUGACCUUCUGAAGGGGAGGACUAUGGUCUAGCACCAGCUGGACAAUCAGGUCUUCAAGUUAGUCCUGCAGCUCAGUUUUCCUUUAAAUAACUCAAUUGUACUUUCAUUUCUGAAAUCCUUACCCAUUUUCUGUUCAAGACUUCUACCUCAGUUUCUGUCUUGGAGGUCACUUUUUGUUGGUUAUCACCUGUUUUUGCAUAUUCUAAGAACUUCAGGCUAUCGUUUAUAGUGAACGUUUGAGCUUUUUCAAGGAUUAGGUGUCUUCCAGGAGUAACC